AUGCCUUUUGAAGUUCAUCAAGAUUCUAAUUGGUGGUUUGCUAGAGUACCACUCAUGCAUUUUUGGAUUGUGGAGUUCCACUAUCCACAUAGGGUGAUGCGACAAUUUGGAUUAAGACAACCCAUUCCCCCUUCUCUUCCACGUGGUGAGGCAGAGGUUCAAAAACUUCGAAAAAUUAAACAUUCUGCAGGAAAAUCGCAUAAUUGGGAGAAAGUCCACGCCAAUUAUGUUCAAGAAUACAACCGUGUUGAUGCAAGAGUGUGGCCAGACGAUAUUCCCUUCGAUGAAGCUAGUUUACCUGAUUACAGACAUUGGUUCCAACAAAAUGGUAUGUACACAGUAUUCUUCAAUUCUCAAUGCUUGGGGGGCUUAGAUAAACCUAUCCCAUAUCCUCGAGAUAGCAUCGAAUGGACUGGCUACAUGACUAGUGGUCCGCCACUGGCUCGAAUUGGGUUACGUGAGAUAAAGAAUGCCGCAUGGGGUAUUAAAUGUGCUAUUACUAGUGGAUGCAAGAAGAUAGGGAAAACUAUAUUGAGGUCCUGUGUAGGAAAUUUGUUGGAUUUGAACUUGGAGCCUAGGCUGCAAAGCAUGCUUACUGAGGCUAGGUUACCACUGAAUAUUGAAGAUAUUCCAUCUGAUGAAGAGGUUUCUGAUAUUGCUAAACCACCAAGCCCCCCAAAAGAGAGCAACUCUGAUGUGUUCAAUGAAUGGAUAUACUCCGGCAAAGGUUUUACAACAUACCUUAAGGCUGGUGAAGCGAUGAGAGAUGGGGAACCGACAACACAAGAUGUAGUUCAAGUUACCCAAUAA